AGGUAUUAACACGUCAUAAAUAAUGGAAAUUAUGGAAGAAUUUGUCAAAUCGGAAAUAGCAAAAAUAUCUUCUGAGCAUGAAAUUAUAUUAACUGGCUGGAAAAAUGUCAACUUUACCGAUGAAAAUAUUAAACAUCUCUACAAUCUCUUCAAAACGUGUAGUCAUCUGGAAAUACGGAUAUUCGAAAGAAAUAAUUUUUUGGAGAACAGCGAAAGAAAUGAUACAAUGGAGUUGAUGACUAGAAAAUUGAUACGAGUAUCUAAUAAUCAAUCGCAUCAAUCAACAAGUACAAUACAAAAGUCACCCGCAAUAAAUUUUGAUAAGACACACAGUGAUUUCAAAGAGUCUCAAGAAGACAGUCCAACAAUGCAAUUCCUAGCUGAAACAACAAAUGUUGUUGUUGAAAAAGCACUUUCAAAAAGCACAGGAUUACACGACGCUUCUGAAGAAGCGGGUUUACGACGAACAAAGAAAAAGAAGAAAAAAUCGAGCAAAAAACUGCCAAAUAGCAUAUCAAAUUUGGAAAAUUCAGUAGAACAAACUUCUAAGGAUAUCGAAUGCAAUCAAGUCGGAGCACUGGAAACUAUCAAGAAAGAUGAAAAAUUUGAAGAAAAAGACCAGAUAGUAGAUUGUCAAACCAGAAACUCAAAAAAAGAUCUCGAAGAAUCUGAAGACAUUGAAUCAUCCACUCACUACAUAUAUCCAGAAUCAAGAAAUUUGAAAUCAAACUUGCAAAAACUGACAACCGAUAUAUCCACAGAAGAAAAACAAAUAAGAGAGCGAUUGAAAUUGGGAGAGCUUGCAAAUGUAGACAAUGGAGUUCUGGAAGAAUUUAUAUCAAGAGCCAAUGCAGUCCUAAAAGAAACUGGAGCAGUUACGAUGAGAAAAACUGCUGAAGCAGAGACCAACAAAUAUUUAACAACUAAUAAAGUAGCGACAGUGGAUUCGAUGGGUACGAUUUCAAACGAGCUUCUGCAAGAUAUUUGGCCAAAAACGAAUAAAUGGAGACGUGUAGCUAGAGUUGAAGACAAUAUCGAAGACUCGGAGGGCAGUAAGAAACUGGAUAAGGAAGUGGAACGAGAAGUUCGGGCUGCAAUUAAGUCUGCCGGGCAAUCAUUGAGCAAAAAACAAAUUGGGCAAAUUCGGAAAGCGGCAGUUGCAUAUUUGAGUUUUGAAGAUUCAGUACAAAAAGAAUUGGAAUUUCGCAGCAAUAAUACUCUGAAACUGGUGCAAUUAGUUUCAGCAUACGAAGCUAGCAAUAAAAUGGAUGAACUUAUGUUAUUAAGACUUGCCAUCGCAUUUUGUACAAAAAGGCGAGAUUUCUUUUUGGAGGCCCGUCCUCCAAACUUCAUGCAAUUUACGUACAUGUAUAUUUAUCUACUGGAGAAGAUCAACUCAAGAACCGCAUUGAUAUGCGCAUGUCUCAACAAUCAAAUUAGGAAUGCCGAUAAUUUCAAUGAACUUGAAGAGUUAAUGCUGAAUCUGUUCCACGAGGAUUAUUUUCUAGAGAAGAAUUAGAGUGUUUUAUGAUGAUAUUUCAAAUGAAAUGUUUUGUUGAUGUUUU